AUGGCACAGAUCCUAACAUUUUUUCAGAUGCUAUUAAUUCUGCUGCUUCAUGAUUACGUCUCAGCUGAAGAUGGGGAAACAAGAGCAAGUUGCAGAACUGCUCCGGCAGAUUUAGUUUUUAUCUUAGAUGGCUCUUACAGUGUUGGCCCAGAAAACUUUGAAAUAAUCAAAAGCUGGCUUGUCAAUAUUACAAGAAAUUUUGACAUAGGGCCAAAGUUUAUUCAAGUUGGAGUUGUCCAGUACAGCGAUUACCCUGUACUUGAAAUUCCCCUUGGAACUCAUGAAUCCACUGAGAACCUCAUCAGGGAAAUGGAGUCCAUACACUACUUGGGAGGAAAUACAAGAACAGGAAGAGCUAUUCAGUUUGCCUUUGACCAUCUUUUUGCAAAAUCUUCAAGAUUUUUAACAAAAAUAGCAGUUGUUCUCACUGAUGGAAAGUCCCAAGAUGAAGUCAAAGAUGUAGCAGCAGAAGCAAGGAAAAAUAAAAUCACUUUGUUUGCUAUUGGUGUUGGCUCAGAAAUAGAGGAGGAUGAACUUAAAGCUAUUGCCAACAAGCCUUCAUCAACUUACGUAUUUUAUGUUGAAGAUUAUAUUGCAAUAUCAAGAAUUAAAGAAGUUAUAAAGCAGAAACUCUGUGAAGAAUCUGUUUGUCCAACAAGAAUUCCAGUGGCUGCUCGAGAUGAAAAAGGAUUUGACAUUCUUGUAGGAUUAGGUGUGAAGAAAAAGGUUAAAAAGAGAUUUCAAAUACCAACCACUAAUGCAAAAGCUUAUGAAGUAACCUCACGUGUUGACCUGUCAGAAUUGACAAGGAAUGUGUUUCCAGAAGGUCUGCCUCCAUCCUAUGUGUUUGUUUCCACUCAAAGAUUUAAAGUAAAAAAGACGUGGGAUUUGUGGAGAAUUCUAAGUCUGGAUAAGAGACCACAGAUAGCAGUCACUAUUAAUGGAGAAGAGAAAACAUUAUUGUUCACUACAACAAGUUUAAUAAAUGGCACACAAGUUAUUACUUUUGCUGCACCUCGUGUAAAGACGUUGUUUGAUGAAGGCUGGCAUCAAAUUCGUCUCUUAGUAACAGAAGACUUUGUAACUUUGUAUAUAGAUGACCAAGAAAUUGAAACGAAGCCAUUACAUCCUGUUUUAGGUAUUUACAUCAGUGGCCUAACCCAAAUUGGAAAGUAUUCUGGAAAGGAGGAAACUGUACAGUUUGAUAUACAAAAACUGCGAAUCUACUGUGACCCAGAGCAAAAUAAUCGAGAGACAGUCUGUGAGAUCCCAGGAUUUAAUGGAGAGUGCAUGAAUGGUCCUAGUGAUGUAGGCUCAACACCUGCCCCCUGCAUAUGCCCUCCAGGAAAACAAGGACCUCCAGGCCCCAAAGGUGACCCUGGGCAGCCCGGGAAUCAUGGUUAUCCUGGUCAGCCUGGUCCAGAUGGUAAGCCUGGAUAUCAGGGAUCAGCAGGAGCUCCAGGUAUCCCAGGAAGUCCAGGGGUUCAAGGACCACGUGGCUUACCAGGUAUCAAGGGAGAGCCGGGGAAAGAUGGGGCUAAGGGUGACCGUGGACUACCUGGUUUUCCUGGAUUACAUGGGAUGCCAGCACCAAAGGGAGAAAGGGGUCCUAAAGGAGAUCAAGGAGUGCCAGGAAUAUAUGGAAAAAAGGCAAGCAAAUUUAUAAUCAUAAAAUGA